UCGGUGACAUAAUUGUUUACGCUCGACGUCAUUGUGGGAGAGAUCUCUGCGAGAUCUUGAUUCGUGAAGAUUAUGUCAAUGCGCAGUGUCUGCCGGGAGCACUGUUUGAUGUUGACUAAUCCCCGGACUUUCUAAGGUCGCGUCCAUGAUUCAACUGGAGACUGAAGUGUCGUAAUUCUCCUACACUCUCGGCCACACUCGCCGGCUUAGCCUCUGCCCCAUGUGCGCACAGAUUUGUUGUGGGUGCUGCUGUGACUGUGACUGUGCCUGUGCCAGCGCCAGCGCCUCUGUGUCCAAAAACUAAAUUGCUCGACAAUUGAUAAUUGAGCGAAAUUGAAUUGAAUCACAGCCAGAGGAGCCAGCGAGCAUUAGAUGGGCCUGCGCUUAGUUAAUCGGAGACAGAGCUAGGCGUUGGACGCGCUUCGUUGGAUAAACCUUUAGUCCUUCUUCCUUCCUCGUUAGUUAGAAUCGAGUGCCACAAGAUGCACAACAUUGAGGAGAUACUCGUCGAGCUGCAGCGGUUCUCGUGGCCAGAUUAUGUGGCAUUUGUGGCCAUGUUCCUGCUAUGCAUCUGCAUUGGCAUCUACUUCGGCUUCAUGAACAAGUCCGUCUCCGAGGCGGACUACAUGCUCGGCGGUCGCAAGAUGCUGGUGAUUCCCAUUGCCUUCUCCCUGGUGGCCAGCUUCAUAUCGGGCAUCACGCUCCUCGGACUGCCCACCGAGGUGUAUUCCUAUGGCGUGCAGUACCUCUACGUGGCCUUCGGCGUCGUCGGCAUGGGCAUUGUGAUGGGCGUGUUCUAUCUGCCGGUUUUCCACGAUCUAAACAUAACAUCCACCUACGAGUAUCUGGAAGUUCGUUUCGAUCGCCGCCUGCGCCUCUACGGCUCCAUUAUGUUUGCGGUUAUGAAUGUCGCCUAUCUGCCCAUCGUGAUUUACGUGCCGGCGCUGGCCUUCAACCAGGUGACGGGCAUUGGUGUGCACACCAUCACGCCGAUUGUGUGCAUCAUUUGUGUGUUCUACACGAGCCUCGGUGGGCUCAAGGCGGUGGUUUGGACGGACGUGGUGCAGGCGGUGUCCAUGCUGGGCGCCCUCUGCCUGGUGGCCAUCAAGGGCAGCAUUGACAUAGGCGGUGUGAGCGUUGUGCUGGAGCGAGCCUGGAACACUGAUCGCCUGGAGGCGCCCGACCUCAGCAUUGAUCCCACAGUUCGUCACACGUUCUGGUGCCUGUUCUUUGGCGGCAUUGUGUACUGGACACAGACGAAUGCCGUCUCCCAGAACAUGAUCCAGCGAUACCUCGCACUGCCCACGCUCGCAGACGCGCGCAAGGCUCUGUUCAUCUUCUGCGUGGGUGUCCUCAUCCUGAUGGCCCUGUGCGGCUACAAUGGACUGCUCAUCUAUGCCACCUACCAGAACUGUGAUCCGCUCACUACCAAGCUGGCAAAGGCUCGGGAUCAACUGCUGCCGCUCUUUGUGAUGGACACGCUGGGCGAAUUGCCCGGCAUGACGGGCCUCUUCAUAGCAGGCGUCUUCAGUGCUGCCCUCAGCUCGCUCUCCACCUGCCUCAACUCCAUGUCGGCGGUGGUGCUGGAGGACUUUGUGAAGCCCUACGUUAAGCAGCCGCUCUCCAGCUCGUCCAUCAACUGGAUCAUGCGCCUGGUGGUCGUCGGUGUGGGUGCCCUCUGCGUCUGCCUCGUCUAUGUGGUGGAGCACAUGGGCACAGUCCUGCAGCUGACCAUGAGCCUGGAGGCCAUCACAAAUGGCCCGCUCUUUGGCAUCUUUACCAUUGGCCUGUUGCCUUGGAUCAAUGGAAAUAGCGCUCUUUUGGGCGGCAUCAUGGGCGUCAUAGCCAUGUCCUGGGUAAGCCUCAAUGCCCAGUGGGCCAUUGCCUCGGGUGCCAUUAGCUACAACACGAAGCCGCUCAACAUUGAGCAGUGCGACUACAGAUUCAAUCUCACCGCCACGAGUGCGGCCAACAGCAGUCUCCAUCUGGCAGGAUCAGCCACAGAGGACAUCUUUCCACUGUACCGCAUCUCGUACAUGUGGUACACAACCUUCGGCGCUUCGAUCACCAUUAUUGUGGCGCUGCUCGGCUCCCUGGCGUUUGGCAGAAACAAUCCGAACAAAGUUGAUCCCGUACUGCUGACACCCUGCAUACGAAGGUUCUUUAGCUUUGGCUCUGACAAGCCACUGGAUGCCUACAAACCCGACAUUCCACUACAGCACAAGCUCCGAAACGAUGAGGUGGCACUCUGAAGAAUCCAACAGCAUAAACUUGUAGAUAAUCCAUGAUUGAAUGAAUUUUUGUAACCCUUUGACCCGUUCAGUGGCGUGGCGUAGGAAAAAUACAACUGUGUUUAAUCAAAGGAUUAUUAACAAUAUAUAAAUACGAUUAACACAA